UCUCUCUUUGCAGGCCACUUCCCGUUUUCUUCGGAGUUAUGUCUACUGUGGAUCUCGCUUGAUGUACUUUUCUGCACAUCUUCAAUUAUGCAUCUGUGUACUCUCUCCGUCGAUCGCUUCCUCUCACUCAGGUACCCGAUGAAGUUCGGCCGCCACAAGACCCGGCGGCGCGUGGUGCUGAAGAUCGUGCUGGUGUGGUGCCUGUCGCUGGCGGCGUCGCUGCCGCUGUCGCUGAUGUACGCCACGGACCCGCACUCGACCAUCGUGGACGGCGUCUGCCAGAUCCCCGUCUCGCUCUUCCAGAUCAUCGGCUCCGUCAUCUGCUUCUACAUCCCGCUCGUCAUCAUGCUGGUCACGUACGCCCUCACGCUGCGCCUGCUGUCCAAGAAGCAGAGCGAGCUGCACGCCGGCCUGCUGGAGACGUCGUCGGCGUCGCCGUCGCCGCGCUCGCUGCGCUGGAAGAAGCUGCUGUGCAAGACCACGUCCAACCUCAGCACGAGCACCGCCGUCUCGCUGGCCGACGGCGACGUGUCCGAGGGCGGCUGCGGCAGCCUCGACGCCCGCUGCGACGAGGGGAAGCUGCGGCGCUUCGGGAGCAGCCCCUCGCGGCGCCCUCCGCUCGUGCGCUACACCAGCCACCACUACCGCACGGCGCUGCACAGGGGCGGCGCCGCCGGGUGCCCGCGGCGCGGCUACUCGGCGAGGGAGGCCAAGGACGACGAGGCCGGCGCGGCGCUGGCGGGCGAGCGCCUGCUGCCGUCCCUGCCCGCCAACGCCGUCUACGAGCUGAGCGUGUUCUCGCAGGACACACCCGAGCGCCCGCGCUCCGCCCCGACGUCCACCACCACGUCGCCGCGCCGCCGCAGGAACCGCAGCCCCGGCGGGAUGUCGCAGCAGGACGAGGCCAGGGAGAACGUCGUGUCCGAGGAGACGGCGGCUGAGAUCGAGGGCCAGCUGGCCGCGGACGCCGUCGGCUGCGAGCAAAACGGCGACCCGAGAAGGGCGGCGGCGAGGGCGGCGUCCACGUGCGGGGAGACGUGCGACGCCGGCGACAACAGCAGCAGCCACGUCGCCGUGCCCUGCAGCUGCGCGCCGCGGUUCUUCCUGGAGGACAUCAAGGCGAGCUCGGGGGCGCAGUGCGAGGAGUGCGCCGAGCCACGGCCGCAGGAGGCGUCGUCGACGUUCCGCAGCCACCAGCACGGCCGCAAGCGCAGCCACGACUCGGGGCGCGGCAAGGGGGGCCGCGGAGGCUCCUGCUGCGCGUGCCGGCGGCGGGGCGCGGGCUGGUGCUGCUCGCCCGAGGGCCCCGACGUCGGCUGGUGCUGCUCGGGCGUCCUCGCGCGCAUCGCGUCCCUCCGGCACGACGGCUCCCGAGCCGACGGCGGAGGCCUGGCGUCCCCGUGGCACGAGGGCGCGCCCCGCACGCACGACCUCGUCGCCAGAGCAGCCAACCUCAGGUCAGGAGGUCAGGUCAGCACGAUGCUCCGGAAGCCCUCGUCGGGAGAGUCGUCCUCCAUCACGUCCUCGCCUUCGUCGGGUCGUAGCUUGUGGAGGCAGCAGUCGUGCACGGCCUCCAUCAAGUACAUGUCCUCCAAGAAACACGGGAGGAACAUCCGCAUGGAGCAGAAGGCCACGAAGGUCCUGGGCGUGGUCUUCUUCACAUUCGUUCUGCUGUGGGCGCCGUUCUUCAUCGCGAACGUCCUCAUCUCGUGCGGCGCCCACAUCGGCGAGGAGGUCAUCAACUUGGUGACCUGGCUUGGCUACGCGUCCUCCAUGGUCAACCCGUUCUUCUACACGUUCUUCAACAAGACCUUCAGACAGACGUUCCUCAAGAUAAUUAAGUGUCAGAUGAAGGGUGGGAGGAAAUACCAUUUUUAAAUAGGUUUCGAAUCUUAU